AUGCAGUGGUACGUGAGACCAGGUCCGUUGACGAUCAAGCAGAACGAGCUUGAAUGCCAUGGCAUUAAGGUACCAGAAAUACAAACAACACCAGACGCCUCGCUGUACAUGAGAGAGCUUAUCAACCAAAGCAUCCUGGGCCUUCGGGACCAGUCCUAUGCUAUUGCCGAUGAGAAAACUUGCCACGAAGCAUAUCUAUCUCUUAUGUCACUACAGGCUAUAACUCCCCAGAUGGUGAAGGCCGAGUUUUUGCGUGGACCAUUCAAGCUGUACAACCCUGAUAUACGCCUUGGAAAUAUCAUUGCCGACGCCGACUACAAGAUAAAGGCAUUUAUCGACUGGGACUUUUGUUAUGUUGCGCCUGCUCAAUUCUUAUUCAGUCCUCCCCUUGGUCUGACACCUUUGGAUAUGCUCGAAUGCAAUGAUGUGCUGUCAGGGUUGAUGGAAGAGUGUAUGGACAAUGGUACUUUCUGGUAUAAUCAAGCUGUUCAGGAAUCAACGUUUUGGCAGUCUAUGCUAGAGAGGUUGUGGACGUUCAAGGCGACACCAGAAGUGCAAGAUCCACCAGAUAUGGCGGGAUUCAUACAGCUUAAAUUAGAGCAGUAUCGAGAGAAAUGGAUCUGA